UGAAAUUAAGUGUUGGUAAACCUGUUACUUUUCGCGGUAAUGCUAUAACAAGACGCCGAAAUGCCAGAAAGCCCGCCGCGUCGUUCUUGUAUGAUCGUGUCGUGUAAUUCAUAGUAAUAAUCUUAUAAAUAAACGUGUAACCGUCGCAGUAUAUAUUUACAGAAUUAUUUAAAUCAAAAUGAGCAAAGGAAAAGAAUCAUCUCCUGCUGAAACUGAAGCAGAAGAAUUUAGUGUUGAAAAAGUUUUAGACAGAAGAGUGGUUAAAGGAAAAGUUGAAUAUUUUUUAAAAUGGAAGGGGUAUUCUAAUAAUGAAAAUACAUGGGAACCAGAAGAAAAUCUAGACUGUCCAGAUUUAAUUGCACAGUUUGAAGAGCAACGUAAAAAGAAAGAAGCAGCUGCAGCUAAACGACAUGAAGAUAAAGAGCAAAAGAAACGAAAAAGUUCGAGUACUCCUACUCCUACUCAAGCUAAGAAAAAAGCAACUGAAGAAAAGCUUGAAGGUUUUGACAGAAAUUUAGAACCUGAACGAAUUAUUGGUGCAACAGAUUCAAGUGGAGAACUGAUGUUCCUAAUGAAAUGGAAAGGAACAGACGAUGCAGAUUUAGUACCUGCUCGAAUUGCCAACGAAAAAUGUCCACAAAUUGUAAUAAAGUUUUACGAAGAACGGCUAACAUGGCAUAGUCCUACUCAUGACGAGGAAGGCUCGACAAAAGCUGAUGCCGAGUAGCGUCCAGCUUUUCAAUAUACUUACACAGCACGCUUUAGAAUUUGUCGCAUAUAACAAAGAAUAGCGUGUACAAAAUGGAAAAUUUAAAAAUUUAUUAAUUAUUGCACAAUAAUAGUAGCGUAGGGUUAAUGUUUUUUUACGAUUCAUGGUAAAUUAAAUUUGAACAAAUAGGCAAUGUUUAUUACAUACCUGUGUGACUAUUAAGCAAAACAAACUACUUAUAGUGUACUUUUAUAAAAUGUAUACUCUCAAGAUCUUUUGCAACUGUUACUUUUCAUCUAAGAGUUAAUGAAUAAUAUUUCGUUUACUUAUAAUAACGGUUACUUGUGUUGUACAUGUAACUUAUUUUUCAAUACAAUGCUUAUUUACUUUACUUCAUCGAUUACUUAAUUAAAAUUACAGGUAUUCUUUUAAUUAUAUUUAUGACUCUGCUUUGUUUCAGUUGCUAAAGAAAUUGCAAAAUAUUGUAUUAAAGUUAAAUAUGACAAUGUACACUACAUACAAAAACAAGUAAAAGUAAUCUAACAAUUUGUAAAUCUAAAAACCAUUUUGAUAACUUUAAGAAUAUUUACUUUUGCAUAAGAUAAAAUUUGUAUUAUAGUAUGAACAAGAAACAUUUAUGUCAAAAAAAUUAAAUUGUACUAAAAUUUACAAAUUUAGAAAGGUUAAGUUAUCCAAUACUAACUGAAGAUAUCUUUUCUUUGCAGCAUUCAGUAUCAGUAUAAUAAUUUUUUUAUAUUAUAGAUUAAUCUUUUCGUUAACGAUUAAAUGAAACGUUUUAGUGUCUAAGAAGUCUUAACUAAAUGUAUAACUCAUAUUCUUUACUUUGUAUGAAGUAUCGAUUAAAGGACUAUUUUCUUUUUUA